UAAUUUACUUUCGCGGUCUUUUUUCAAUGUGUCAGUGAGUAAACUUCGGUGGAUGUUGUUGAUUUUGUAGUUUUUUUUACAUAUUUAACUGACUUAAUUCGAAACAAUAUCCAGAAAAUGAGUAAAACGAAAUUAAAUUUAAUAGCUGCGGCUUGCGAAAACAUGGGGAUUGGUAUAAAUGGGAAUCUUCCUUGGAGGCUCAAAAACGAAAUGGCCUUUUUCUCAUCAAUGACGACCAAAACAAGUGAUACCAAGAAAAAGAAUGCCGUGAUCAUGGGCCGGAGGACCUGGGACUGUAUUCCAUUGAAGUACCGUCCACUUCCAAACAGAAUAAACAUUGUUCUUACUAGGCAUGUUGAUGAUGUUAAGCUGAAGGUUCCCGAGGGUGUUAUUGUAGUGCCAGGAUUGAAUGAAGCCAUUUCUUACAUCGAAGACAGGGAAGACAUAGAAUCUACGUGGGUCAUUGGUGGAUCAUCAAUUUAUAAAGCUGCGAUGGAGCAUAAAAACUGUAACAAAAUUUACUUAACAGAAAUCCAAAAAGUGUUUGAAUGCGAUACAUUUUUCCCCACUAUUGACAAGAACCAAUUCACAAUAAUUUCUGAAGACAGAGUACCAGGAGAGAAGCAGGUGGAAGGAGAUAUUAGUUAUUACUAUAAGAUUUAUAAGAAACUCGACAAUUCACAAAUCUAGAUUUGAAAAUUAUUAAUAGUCAGCUUUAAAAAAAAAAGUAUAUUUUUUUGUUAAUUUGUAUAACAUUGCUUUUAAUUCUUUUGCAGUCUGUCUCAGAGUUAUUUAGCAAAAUGUAUAAAAACCAAUACCAGAAUUUGUAAGUUGAAAGUGUACUUAUAUUCUAUGCGGAUAGUGCCAUGUACCAAAUUAAUAACAUUAGAAAUUAUCUGUUCUUGGAAAUUUUAUAUAUUUUACCUUUAUUUGAUAUGUACCUAAAAAAAAAACAAUUUGUAAUGCCAGCUUAGGAUAUACCUAAUGAUUCAAAUUAUCAGAAACAAAUGUAUAUUUCAUUAUGAUUUUUUACAAUUUUAUAAUUGUUAAAGAUAAAAAAAAAAAAGAGUCAAAAUUUCGUCACUUUGGAAUGGCCCUGUGGCUUUUGUGCUUAUUUUUUCACAUGAGUACUAUAGUACUAAAAAAUAAUACAAAUUUCAUCCAAAGUAACUCUGAACAAACCAAUUCUGAAUUAUUAUUUUUUAUCUCAGAAUUUGUAGUUACCAAAACUUUUAUCUUGGCUUGCUGAUAAUGUUGUAUGCAUGCUGUAUGAAGUAGGGAAUAAAUAACCACAAUUAUUAUGUGGUUUUGACAUAUCGCGGUUACUUACUUCCUAUCUAAAAGAUAAAUAUUGAAAUAAGAAACUAAUUACUCACCCAAAUAAAUGAAUGAAUGAAAAUAUUUAUUACAGACUUUGCACAAUACACAAGUCCAUAUUAUAUUAGUAAGAAACUUAAACAACUUUGUUAGUGAGAAUUAAAAUAUAGGUUGUUGUUUUGGACAUGUAAGGAUGACCAGCACUUCAGAAAUGGGCUAUCCACCCUUUCCGACAACACCCUCAGGAGUGUGUUGGUACCGCACCUUACACUUGACCACAACGAAGCACCGCUUGGAAGCCGUCUGUGCUGCGCUCGGCAAACAUUCCUGAGGCACUGCAGUCCCAACUGACCCCUGUAGUAGUUAUACUGGACCCUUGAAAUGCCUUUACAUUUGGGUGAAUAAUUAGCCAAUACCCACUAUGUGCCUAUUUCUUUUAGUUACACAUUAAGACACGCAUUCCAAACUUUAUGAUAAGUUAUAGUCUGUCAAGGAAGUGAAGAUAACUUGAUUUUUAACGAACCAAAUAAUCAACCUAAUAGAACGGUCAAGAUUGGUUGGAUAAAAGCAGCCAACAAGAGACAGUGACCUCAUUUAUUUUCUUCACUAUCUUGACAUUCUUGUUAUAUAGAGAACUUUCAUUUUGAUAAAAUGACCAAUCAUGUAUUUGUUAGGUUUUUGAAAUAAUUUACUUAUAUACUUAAAUAUAAUAAGAUAUAUUUUU